AUUUUACUCCCUUUUCAUUUUUAGAUGUCCUAUCGAUUUUUUCAAUCUCCCGUACGAAUAUCUACGGUCUGUCAUCGACAGCUGUUCCUUCGUUCCUUCUUCUAUCCGAGUUCCUUAUUUUCUACUAGUUCAACACGCAGUUCAAAACGUAGAAUGCCUCCCAAGAAAGCUGCAGGCCCAGAGAAGAAAACACUUCUUGGACGACCAGGCAAUAACCUCAAGAUAGGCAUCGUAGGUCUUCCCAACGUAGGCAAAUCUUCAUUUUUCAACGCUCUGUCAAAUACUAGUCUUGGUGUCGCUGCAAACUACCCAUAUGCAACCAUCAAUCCUGAGGAAGCGCGUAUUCCCGUUCCCGACGAACGCUUCGAAUGGCUUUGCGAGACGUACAAACCCGCUUCACGUAUAUCCGCCUAUUUGACGUGUAUUGAUAUAGCUGGUUUGACCGCUGGCGCCUCAACCGGUGCAGGACUUGGAAACGCUUUCUUAUCACACGUACGGGCGGUGGAUGGUAUCUUCCAGGUUGUUCGUGCCUUUGACGACGCCGAAGUCAUUCACGUUGAGGGAGAUGUUGAUCCCUGUCGUGACAUGGUUAUCAUUCAGACCGAGUUGCGGUUGAAAGACAUUGAGUGGGUGGAAAAACAUUUGGAUGGCCUCAAGAAGACUGGACGAAAUUUGGGGAGUAACAGUUUGGCUGAUAAAGCAAAGAAGGAGGAAAUCGCCACUGUCGAAAAAAUAUACAAAGUCAUCACAGAAGACCAGAAGGAUGUCAGGAAAUAUGAAUGGAACAACAAAGAGAUAGAAGUUGUCAACGGAUUACAGCUGCUCACUGCUAAGCCGGUGACGUAUCUCGUCAACUUGAGCGAGAAAGAUUACAUUCGAAAAAAGAACAAAUGGCUUCCUAAGAUCAAAGCAUGGAUUGACGCCAAUAACCCCGGAGACCCUCUUAUCCCCUUCUCAGUUGCUUUGGAAGAACGUCUGGCGACGAUGGAACCGGAAGAGAAGGAGGAGGAGCAAAAAAAAAUCGGUGCCCAGAGUGCACUUCCCAAGAUCACCCAUGCUGGAUAUGCCAGUCUCGAUCUUAUUCGUUAUUUCACUUGCGGAGCUGACGAGGUGCGCGCCUGGACCAUUAGGAAAGGCACCAAGGCACCUCAAGCAGCCGGUGUCAUCCACUCUGACUUUGAGAACAAAUUCGUCUGUGGUGAAAUCAUGUCUUACGAUGAUCUCAAGGAACACGGAAGUGAAGCUGCUGUCAAGGCCGCUGGCAAACUGAGGCAACAAGGCAAGCCGUAUGAGAUGGUCGAUGGCGACAUUGCAUACUGGAAGUCGGGAGCAUAGAAAAUUGUUGAGACAGUUGGAAUGAGGAGAAACGCAGUGUAUCUGUAUGGAUGUAGCAACUUUGACAUGUAUCAUGGCAAUUCGCUAGACACUAUGCAGAGAAUAAAUAAAAUAAGUCCUCAAGGACC